GGAUGGGAAAUAUUAAAUAUUGUUUUUAAUGUACAUAUUUAAUGGCACGUAGUAUUGUGUUCGUGAGUGAAGGGUAGUAGCUUCAGGACUACUAGACUGUGACUAUAUUUUCAUUGGUGUAAUGUUGGAAGAAAGUUGACGAUUAACAAUAUGCAAGGUGUUUUAUAGAGUAAAAAUAUAUAUUUCUAUCGCGCGUUGAGAUGGUGCAAAAGCAUCAUAAGCGUCACUAGGUCAUACCCACCCAUUCUCAAUGUUCAAUAUUCGUCGUUAUUCUUGCGGUUAGAAAUUAACUGUUAUGGUGGGAGAUUCUAGAGCGUCAGUAGUCUUCUUUUUAUCUUGUAUAAAAGAGAAGAUGCCUAGUCUUGGUUCCUGCAAUAUAUCUGGAUCACCCGAACGGGAUACAUUAUUCGGUUAUAUAUCUAUUUAUAAAUAUAGUGAAAAGUUUAUAUUUGUGUAUUCAAAUUUUUAUUUAUUUUUAUCAUGCGGCUUGCGAUUUUCCUCGUUUUUCUAUCAAUAGCAUGUAGUUUUCUGACAAUUGCUGCAGAGAGGAAGGUAAUUUUUAUGAUACCACGUCACGUAAGAAGGAGUCCAGGUGCAUCGUGGCACUCUCAUAUGAGACCGCCCCCAUUAAGAAAAUCCCAUUAUACAGCCGAUGACAAUUAUCCACAUCUUUAUAAUCGGCCAAAUAGUAUUAUUUAUGGAAAACCAGCAUUUCGCCAUGGAGGAAAUUAUUUACCUCAUGGAGGCGAUGAUUUUGAUCAAGAUCACGAGGGAAUUAAUAAUGUUGUCGUACCCCAUGGAAAAGGCAUAAGUCAUGGGAUUUCCUUUGGUCACGGAUAUAUUCCAUAUGAUAAAAUUAAAGGCAAUUAUGUGCCUCUAAAGGAAGGUUUCGUGGAAAAUCAUUCUUCAAAGGAUUCAUCGGAGGAUUCUGCAUUUUCACCGAUAGAUCCAAGUCACGUUAGUUUAACAACAGAAAGUGACACAGAUUCCUUUCUUCCCGGUCAAAGUGGAUCCUAUGAUAUUGAAUUGAAUGGAAAAACAAUUGACGAUCAAAGUAAACUUUUUAAUUCACGAUCAUUGGCAAAAGCUUCUUAUGGCGACAAACUUUCAUUGGAUAAUGUAAAUAGCGCCUCAGCUGGUGAGGAAAAAUCAAUUAUUGCCAAUGAUUAUUCAACAUCAUCACAAGUUUUAAAAUCGGAGACAACGUCGAGUACGCCAAUUUUUGUACCAUCGCCAAAAAUUGGAGGAAGCACGAGAGGAGUCGUGAUUCGUGACAGUGUAUCACUUGACGAUUAUAAUAGAAAAGUUGAGGAAUUCACAAAAACAUGGCCGGGUGUUGUAAAUAUUCCUGGAAUUCAUGGAAGCAAUAUACAACAUGUUGGACAAAAUAUUCAACAAUUGCCAAUAUCAUCAUUUGCAGGAUCAAGUUUUCCCGCUAGUUCAUCAUGGACAUCAUCAUUGGCGGGUAAUCAGGGCUAUUCAGUAAGGGAGGAUAUUGUCGAACCCGAAUAUGAUUUUCGAACAAUGCCCAUACAAAAUAGUCCUGUUUAUUCAUUUCCCAAUCCUGGCAGUGCAACUUUGCCUAAUAUUCAAUCUUCGUAUUCUUAAUUAUUUAUUUUUUAGUUUUAUCUAAUUAAUUAUUUGAAAGAAACGGAUUUUUUUGUCUUUUUUUAUUUUUAUUUAUUUUUUUUUUGUUUCAUCACUACUAAAGAGAAAUUAUUUUUUUUUUGUAUGAAAUAUUUCAAUGCCAAGAGAAAAAAAUGAUAAAAUUAUUAAGGAACAAAAGAAAUAAAAAAAGAAAUGAAAAUUA